AUGGACGGUGUUAAGUUAAAGCAGACAAAUACUAAAGCAUUUCCGUAUAAUACAACACAACCUGUAAAAUUCCUUGGAAAAUUCGAGGCGGUUGUGGAAACACGCAAGCGGUUAUCUGUGGCCAUGUUCUAUGUAGUAAAAGGCCAAAAUAGUGGAAAUCUUUUGCCUCCGGCUACAGCUCAAGACCUUGGACUUAUAACUUUACAUCUAAAUCAUGUCACAACGAAAGAUGACAACCUGGACGAAAUGCUUGGAAAACAUACUAAAGUAUUUCACGGACUGGGCAAAUUAAAAGGUGAGACAAUAAAAUUAGACAUAGAUAAAGACCAAAUACCAAAACCCAACCUCAACGUCGAAUUUCUUAUCACAUUCGUAAUAAGGUAGAAGACGCCUUAAAAGCACUUGAGAAGGAAGACGUAAUUGAAAGGGUGCCUGAGAAUGAGGCAACACCAUGGGUAUCACCCAUAGUCGUAGUUCCUAAGAAAGAUGGAGGAGUCAGAAUAUGCGUAGAUAUGCGGCAAGCGAAUGAAGCCAUACGCCGGGUACGACACCCCAUUCCUACCGUGAACAAUGUUAGUUUUGCACUCAACGGGGCACAAUAUUUCACUAAACUUGAUCUAUCUCAAGCUUACCAUCAACUAGUGCUAGAUCAAGAAGGCAGAUUUAUUACCACGUUCAGUAUUCAUGUAGGAUUAUAUCGUUACAAGCGUUUGAACUAUGGGACUAAAACGUCCGCUGAGAUCUUUCAACAUCUCCUUCAAACAAAGCUACAGGAACUAAAUGGAGUAAAAUAUAUCGCAGACGAUAUAAUCGUGUUCGGAAAACACGAGCUGAACAUGAUCAAAAUUUAG